UGCCGGUGACUGUACACCAGCCCGACCGGAGACUCGGAGAGGAGUUGGUCAGUCAGUCAGUUACUCGACAGUCGGCGAGUCGCUCUCGGUUGCGUUGCGCCAUCGCACGGUUGCUUCAUUGUCCUCUUUUCUUUUCUUUCAUCUUCCUUUUUUUUCUCUUCUUCUCUCUCAUUCUGUGCGGUGCUUCAAUUUGGUGAUCCGGAGAUCUGAUCGCAAGGAUUUGCUGCCACGCCGUUCGCCAACGGAAUUCGGAAUAUCGGAGUUUCCAGAGUGCUGCGAAAACUGCGGAAUGCGCCACGCCGGGUGUGCGCGUCUCUAAAGACUUGAGAAGAACAUGAUGUCUCAAUCUGUCAAGCGCGUGUCUACAACCUAAUACCGUGGUGAUGAUGUAACGGGACUUUCGCUGUCGCUGGUGAGGCAACAAUGUCCACACAAUGCAAUCGUUUUGUACAAAACGCCUGGAAGAAGGAGCUCUGCUCGAAUUGCUUUAAGCUGAAAGAGGAACAUGUGGUGGUCGACGAUGUCUUGCGACUAAAUGUCGAGAAGGCGUCGACGAACUUAAAGAUUGAUCAUUUACAAAUACAGAGUAUUCUUCGAGGCAAAGCGGUUUGUCGGAAGGAUCAGCGGAAGAAGAACGUCGGUUUUCCGGAGUCCCUUACCGAGGUGAUCGGUUACGGUGGCGAUGACUUGUCCGACGACGAGGAAGAUAAGAAUAAUUCACAGGUCGAUUCGUCCAUGAAACCGGAAGAUCUAGUGCCGGACAGCGAAGAGGAACGCGCGCUAUUUGAUCUGACGCGCGCGAACACUAACUUUAAUACGAUCACCGCGAAUUUGACGGAUCUCCAGAGCAAUGGACCAAACGACGCGACCAAAUCAACAACGGCGAUAUCGCCUGCCAAGUCGUUUGCUUCCUUGAUGCUGGGGAAGAUACAACGAGACGCCGAUGGUAGAAAGACGACCCUUCUAGUGUCUGUGACGCCCUUCGGUGGAGACGAAUCUGUACCCGCUGCUAAGAGACCUGUUGAUCGAAAGAUCAAUGCAAAUAAUCUGCAGACCAGCCCAUUCAAAUGCAAGUCCAAUGAUGGAGAUUUAUCAGAUAACACAACUGAAAUUACGAAGAAGAAGCUUAAUGAAACAGAUCGGAAAAAGAUCGAUGAACAAGAGUCUCCACUGAAACUAGGAAAAAUCGUGGAUCUGCCACUGAUCACCUCUGCCAGCAUGAUAUCCAUUAUGCGAAAAGAAAAUCCAGCUACUGCAAACGCAGAAAACACGAUUGAAACGACAACGCAAAAGUACUCGGCCACUUGCAAAUCCGAUAAGAAAAACACCGCGAACGUUCCCCUAAACGACAUUUCGGAAAUGAAAAAGACCGAGAUUGAGUUGCCAUCAAGGAUAGCCUCGCAGUCUGUAUCAAAUAAUGACAUUGGAGAGAAUGAUUGCAUAAAGUGUACGGCUGCGAGGACAAGCGAAUGUCUGAAACAUAAAGACGAAAAGCUCGAGAUCGUUUCGGCAUCUCUGAAGAACGAGGAGACAUCGGAAAAUGAUCGUACGGUGAUCGGUAACGACAAAAACAACGGUAUCAUUGACAACGGGAAAACGUCGUCGUCACUGCAAACGCGCGAAGGUGUGGCGGAAAGGAAAUUCUGUUUCGAGAGCAGUCGGGAACUUGCGGGCGAGCCAGAUGGCAAAGCGGACGAAGAAGAAAUGUCGGAACCGCCGCCUCCGGCGUUGCCCACGAGUCCACCACCGAGCACCGAACCAAGAGCUUCUUUCUUGCACGGUAGUGUUAACAUCGACACGAAACCGAGGCCCGUCGUACCACAGAAACCUAUGACCUUUUCCGCAAAGACGAGCCUGAAUAGCGACGCUCCGCUCACCGCAAGGAAAAUUCCUAAUGGCGAUUACGUGCUACCACCACCGUCGGUGCAAAAUGUUGCUGGCAAAUCCGUUCAGAGUUCAAGUAUGAGGCAAGAGAUAAGUGGUCAACGUUUAAUAAAGAAGAACGUUUCAAACGAAAUUUCGCCUGAAGAAACUGAUCGAACUUCUUCGAUCACAUCCUACAAUUUGGAAUCGGAAAGUCAAACAAGAUCAUUAUUGAAUCCCACUGUCUCAUCACUGCCUAUUUCCGUAAACGUACAACCAGCUUUGUCGAGUCCCUCAAGGAAUUUCCCAGCGGAAAAUGGAGAGACGGAUGAGAACAUCGCGCCAGACGAAGAGUUCCCGGAAGUGACUCCCGUUUCCGUCUCGACGAUGGAGCUCGUGCGCUCCCCAAACAAGAGGAGAAUGGCUCCACGACCACCCGAGGCCACGGAGGACUCGUUGCCGGCUUCUUCUUUAUUCGCCAGAAAUCCAGGAGCCACUUUGAAAUCCGAUUCUCCGGUGGUGCGUGAGAAAGAAAAGCGAGAAAGGUCAUCCUCGUGCAGUCCAAAGUUCCGCAAGGCGGCGGUUUGCGACGCACCAGAUCCGACGAACACGAGCACCAAACAACCAACUGAAUCCGCAAAUUCUAGACGAACGAUAUCCUUGUCGCAGGACAGCUUGACCAUCGAAAAAACUGAGGUGCGCGAGGGGAAGAAAAGGGGCAGAAACCGAAGAGGUUUUUCCCUAAAGAGAUUUCUCAGAAUGGGCACGAGGAAAGAUAUGGAUAUGCUGAAUAAUCAAACGUCAGGCGCGAAGACUGAUGAGAUACCAUCGACGCCGCAGCCAAAGCCACGAUUGGAGAUCAUUCAUCCACUGGAGUUGGACGGCGCCGCGGUCCAAGUAGUAGGUAACGAUCGAAUCGCUUCCGGCAGAAUCGGCGAGGACCAGACGGAUACCUGUGCCGUGAAAAGUGACGGAUCGAGAACGCGGUUACCAUCCGCACCACCAUCCGCACCACCAUCCGCACCACCAUCCGCACCACCAUCCGCGGCGAGACCCGGAAAACCACCGCCGCCACCCAGAAACCAAUCCUUGGAAGAUUGGUCGCGACUGGAGGCAAACAAACCAGUUAGACCACCGCCGCCUCGCGCGGAGAUCAAACUGAACGCCGCCGUUUCGUCCAGGCACGACAAGGUGCCUUCGAAAGCCACAUGGAGGCCGACGGCCGCAACGACCUCGGACACGAUUUACGCGAAUCUGGCAGCGGAGGAUGUUACAGGUGAGGUACGCAGUACCCUGGCUCCUUCAAAACCCCAACGAACUGCCAGUAUGAGAGAUCGAGCUGUUUCCCAACCCGUUCCAAGAAGAACGCAUGAUGCAUUAGCCGAGGAUCAUCAGCGUCAUCAGGAUUAUGACGGAGGGCUCGCAGCUACUAUACGAACCACUGCCGACUCACCGACCUCUAAUGACAGUCACGUAUACGAGUGCCUCUCGAGCUCGCCCGAGUGUGAUUCAAAUCUUGAACUACGACACGUAAAUGGCGAUAGAAGCGGAGGUGAAUUUCGCGUCGCUUGCAAGAGGAAAUCCGACAGUAGCGCGAUGGAGAGUAGCACAGAGAACAGGUUCCAUCAUCAGCCAUUUGUCCGAUCAACUUCGUUGCCGUAUUGCGGUAGCGAAACUGAGAGCGAGCUCUACGCACCGUACGCUUUUUACACCAGCGACGAGGGCACCGAGGAGGAUCAAGAUUGGAAGAAUAGAGACAAUGAGUCGAGGAUGAGCCGUUUGAAACAACGCAGAGGACGCACCAUCGUUCAUCGGAGUCUUGAAGAUAAUUAUGGCGCGGUAGUCGUAGCGAAUCACGAAGCACUUGCCCAAUUUCUCGAGCAGGAAAAUCAAAUCAUUCAAUUACCAUUAGGUCUACGUACACUGAAAAACACGAAUCCAAGUCUGAAGCAUUUCAAUAUUGACGUUCCAGCAUCAGUUUCUAUUGGUAGGAGAAUAUUUUGCCCGGCGACGUGGAACGAUCAGAACGUAACUUUAUGCAUAACAUUCGACUUGGCUAUACCGAUGCCGCAACGGGACUUUUAUUUAGCGCCCAUAACGGAAUUCGUGGACAGAAUGCCGAAGGAGAUUACCAACAAAGUUCGACCAUCCGGAAAUGAAGACGCGGAAGCAACGAUCUCGAUUUUUCCGCGUCUGCACGUGACUACCGUGCAAUCGUUUGGAGCGACGCCGAAGGAUGCAAAUAAUGAAGUUACGAAUAGAGAAUCAUUGUUCGUGCUUCUUCAACUGGUCAGUGCUCUUAAAAAUCUUCAGGCGCGUGGGAUUGAAGAUGCCAGUAAAUCCUUAAACGAUAUUGUACUCUGCAGAGAAGACAAGGAUGUUUACUAUCGACUGUAUCUUCUGCAAAGGAGGUUGAACAUAGAGCUGAGCGAUGAACUCGGCGAGGAAAGAGUCUCCUUGUGCGAAUGCGCCCUGAUAGCGCUGCAACAGUUGCACCUAACGAACGAGCUACCCCUCAUACAAGAUCUGUUGAUAUGCGAGAAAGCAGUCACUCUAUCACAGGUAAAGUCUAUAUUGGAAUUUUCACUUUGGGGCCCGGCCGACGUGCCUCUGGGUGGUCCUCGGGAGAGAGAAGUGGCCCUUCAAAGAUGGCUCGAUCUUGAGAGAGCUAACGUACUUCACGCUCUCGUCAAAACAAAGACAGCUCUAACCGUAAUAGAUGAAUAUCAAUUGUUGUUCUUAGUACGAACUACUGCCAAAAUUAUGAGCGAGGCAUCGAUGCUUCUAGACGAGCAGCGUGAUCGGUUAACGCGAAGAUGUUAAUAUAUUGUCUUGCAAGUUAUGUUCACAUGAACAUUUAACAUUUGUUAAAACAAAAUUUCUACUUGAUAAGCGCAAAAGAAAACAUUCAAAAUAA